AAAAUGCUCGGGCAUCUCAGUUCAGCAAUUCACAACCCUGCAACAAUUCCCUGCGCCAAAUGGCUUCCUUCGUUUUCCACCUACUCCUCCUCCUCCUCCUCCUCCCACCCUUCCUCACCCUCUCCUUCGACUUCGAUGAAGCCACCAUCCUGGACAUCCAGUCCGCCUUCAACGACGGCAAUCUCACCUCCCUGCAGCUCGUCCAACACUACUUAGAUCAAAUCAAUGUCUUUAACCCGCAACUACGCGCCGUCUUAGAAGUUAACCCGGAUGCUCUCGCCGCCGCAACUCUCGCCGACGAGCAACGCAAAAACGCCAACUUUCUCGGCCCUCUUCACGGCAUCCCCGUCCUCCUCAAAGACAGCAUUGCUACUCGCGACCGCCUCAACACCACCGCCUGCUCCUUCGCUCUCCUAGGCUCCGUAGUCCCCCGCGACGCUGGUGUCGUCGACCGCCUCCGCCGCGGCGGCGCUAUCAUCCUCGGCAAAGCUACUAUGAGCGAGUGGGCUAAUUCCCGGUCAUUUAACUGCCCAAACGGGUGGUGUGCGCGAAGCGGGCAGGCGCAGAACCCAUACACACCGACCGAAGGUCCGUGCGGCUCGAGCAGCGGGCCGGCGAUCGCCGUAGCGGCUAAUUUGGCGGCAGUUUCGAUUGGUACGGAGACUGUUGGGUCGAUCUUGUGCCCGGCGGCGAAGAACUCGGUUGUGGGGAUUAAGCCUAGCGUUGGGCUUACGAGCAGGGCGGGGGUUGUGCCAAUUUCACCGUUACUGGACACGGUGGGGCCGAUGGGGAGAACGGUGACCGAUGCGGUGAUGUUGUUGGAUGCCAUUGUGGGGUUUGAUCCGCUGGACGCUGCGGCGACUUCGGCGGCUGCGCAGUUCAUACCGAGUGGUGGAUUCCGGCGAUUCUUGAACGUGGAUGGGUUGAAGGGGAAGAGAGUGGGGAUUUUUGCCACUUAUUUUAAUUUCGCUGAAGGGUCCGUGGAAUCCUCUGCAUUUGCUGCGCAUUUUGAAGCCAUGAGGCAAAAAGGAGCAACAGUAGUAGAAAAUCUUAGACUGCCGAAUGUGAAAUUCAUGCUGCAGGAGUUAGAAGAUGGACAGGCGACGCAGCUCUUAGCUUCUUUCAAGGUCUCCAUAAAUGCUUAUCUCGCAAAUCUCGUAUACUCCCCCGUCAGAUCACUUCGAGAUAUUAUUGACUUCAACAACAACCACACAAUUCAGGAAAGGAUGAAAGAUUUUGGCCAAGAUAUCUUCUUGGCGGCCGAACAAACAAAUGGGCUUGGCGAAGAACAGGAGACAGCAGGCAAAAAGAUCGAUCAACUCUCAAAAGAUGGACUCGAGAAGCUGAUGAAGGACAGAAGAUUGGAUGCUAUAGUUUUCCCUGACGCUCUGGCAUCAAAUUUUGUGGCCAUUGGCGGAUUUCCGGCUAUAAGCGUGCCGGCGGGCUACAGCAGUUCCGGCGUUCCUUUCGGCAUUUGCUUCAGCGGAUUGAAAGGUUCGGAUCAAAAGUUGAUAGAGAUUGCUUACGCUUUUGAACAGGCUACGAAAGUCCGAAAGCCACCAAUUUUAACCGCAUGAUGCAUCAAAUCAUCUCCGUGACAAAACAGAACCCCAAAAAAAAAAUGUUUUUAACUUCAUAAACAUUGGAUCAUGAUGUAUGAAGAUACUUUCUCAUGUUUUUGUUUUGAAUGUAUAGUGAUUAAUCAUUAGAAUGAUGAUGUUCCGGUCGCAUGAAAUGUAAGGGUGGCGUGUUUAGAUCAUCACUGUUGCUGUUUCUAUCGUCACCGUUGUCAGGAUA